GCAUUAAUUAUUCCACGUGCUUUUUAGUAGUGGAAAGAAAAGCCGAUAUUAUACGGAGUAAGAAAUUAUAUCCAUGAUCUACAAAAUGUGAAGUGCCGGCUAACAUAAUUUUUAAUUAUUUUGUAACACCUCUUUCCGUAUUGUUAAAAAUGGCUAUGUUGUACGACGAAUUUAAACCACUCGUAGAUCUGGUUCUAAACAAUUGGACUGCUUUGCAAUUGGCUAUAGAUCAUGGAAUGGGUUCCAGUGGACCGAAAACAGGUCAACUCGUAUCGGACUACAUAACCCGGUACUGUGUUGAAAACUUGGGAGGAGACGUUGAUAACUUUACUGAAGUGUUAGAAGACUUGAUGGAUGAAGAAUUCGAUACUGUGUGUGAGGAUAAUUCACCUAAGGAGGUGGCAAUAGUACUGCUACAAUACUUCACACUACUCAGAGAGGGUAAACAAGAUGAACUACAAGCAAGAAUUGCUGCAAUGCCCGUUUGCCAAAAGGGACUAAGCCAAAAUGUUAGACAACCAAUUAAUCCUGGUGAUCCUGACGAUGCAGACAGCAGUAGUGGAGAUGAAGUUAAUGAUGCACCUACAAAUGGCACUGUACCACCAUUAGUACAUAAUCAACAACCAGAGCCUGAACCAAUGGAUGAAGAUAUAGACCCAGGCUGGACAGUAGUGAGAACUAGGAGAAAAAAGUAGUUUAGUCUGUAAAUAAACUAGCUGCAUUAUAAUAUAUGUUUAGUUUUAAGGUGUAAACCAGCAGCAGAAGCAGCUAUAGCAGAUAUAGUACUAAAACAUCUAUCAAAUGAAAGAAUUUUAGUUCUCUGCCAAAGAACAAAGUAUCCCCAAUACACAAAGUAUCAUGAUAGUGUUGCAAAAAUAUUUGAUUCCUCUAUAUGUUUAUAUAGCUACUGCUGCAAACAGUACCAACAAAACUCCAUUGCUAUAUGAUAAGAACACACUUCUAAAUAAAUGUAUUUGUAUGAUUGUUGGUAACAAAGGUUACUAAUAGUAUUUUAGUAAUAGUGUUUUAGUGAUAUAAUAGAGAGCUUUUCAGUCGAGUACCGUGUUUAAGCAACGAAACUUGCUGAGUUGCUUAAGUUAAGGUACGAGAUUGAAAAGCUUGAUUAUAUCACUAUUGUAUACAAUACUUUUUCUACGAGACAAAAAAAUAAUACUUUCAACUAGUAAUCAUAUAGGUAAACAAACCAAAAGUAUACAGCUAAGAUAUGCGAGCUGCCGCAGCCCGCGAUACCUCGCGCCCCGACCGCCGGGCCCGGCGUCCCCGGCGGGUUGGUCAACGACACCUCCUCGUAACUCAUGAGGCCCUGGUACUUGCUCCUUGCUAAAUUCAAUUUUAAAACAGUUUUUUUCUCGAUUUUGGCCACCGUGGCCUAUGGAGACUAACAAGCAACGCUAAGCGGUUUUCGUAGGGUAUGGAUGUUGCUAUAUGAACAUGUCACAUGCGCGCUUCUGACUUACGAAGCAAUUGUUUCUACUACAACAUAAAAUAAAAUUAUUUUGUUGGCCGACCAAUCACAAAGCAGAUGCGACGCAGCAGCGUGUUUAAGUAGGCUAAUUUGCAUAGAAUCGAGUCUCCUUAAACAAGAAAUAUUUUAUCGAAAUGUAUGAAGUUCUAUUUUCAAAAUUUUUAUAAUUGACUAAACCGUAUCGAUAAAAUUCUUAUGCUUGAGUCGGAAGUGCCAUAGACUAUCCAACGUUGAAAAGAGUAAGGUUGUAGUGUUGCAUAUGAAGUUGUAAUACACAGAUUAUACUCGACAAGUAGAAAAAUUAAAUAUUUAUAACAAAUUAAGUUAUGUUAAUUUGGCAUAUUAUUUUUCAUCUCUCCUAUUAGGAAAGUUCACCUUUCAUAGGCUGAUAACCGGGUGGAAAAUUGCAUUUCCCACCCUAGGGUAGAAAGUAAUUUUUUAUUUAUUUGUACUUCGAGCAACAGCUAACAGUCAUAUUAUUAUACACUAUUAUUAUUCUGUUAAAAGCUCUCAUAUUAUCUUCCGCAUUUUCAGACCAAGUACCUAUUAUCGUAAUUAAAUGACAAUUGCAUUGCAUUAUU